CUAUGGAACACCUGCAUCCUGGCACGCUGAGACGGUUGGGUUACAAAUUUGUGAAGACUCCACAUUAUUCCAGAUGAUCUACUGGAUUAAACACCUGAUUAGAAUGACGUGUGAACUAGUUGGACUGACUAUGGAAUCAUUGCUGUGGUCAAAUAAACCUUAUGGUCCCUCUAGAAGUAUUGUAAGGAAAAUUGGCACCAACCUCUCUGUGAUACAGUGCCCAAGAGUUCAGUUUCAGCUUACUUCUCAGUCUGCUGAAGGCAGUAAUUCUGAGCAGUUCAGAGAAGAUCGAGUCAUCUCCCUUGUAGAUGUGGGAUGGAUUGCUGAAGAAGAAGGUGAAGUCUCUACAAGGCUCAGAUCAGACAUCUGGCUGAAAUCCCAACAAUCCUCUAGAGAGGAAGGCUGUCCAGGAAAAGUCCCAAGUGUUCCAGUGCCUUUACCAAAGCUGUCGCAAGAGAACACAGCCUGCAACAUUACAGCGAACACAAACGAUGAAGCUUUGCAGAAAAUCAGUGUGUUAGAAAAUGAACUUGCCAGUUUAAGAGCUCAAAUAGCCAAAAUUGUAAGCUUGCAAGAACAGCAGAGUCUGACAGCAGCAGGAGUAAGUUCUGUUGCAUCAGCUCCCCUUCCGGCAGGAGUGCUGGCAGUGCCGCCACCACCACCUCCGCCCCCACUGCCUCCGCCACCUCCAUUGCAACGGAGCGUCUCGGCCAUCGAGCUUAUUAAGGAGCGCAGAGGGAAAAGAGUAAAUUCUGGCCAGACUUCAGUAGAUGGCGAUCCAAAGAAGCCGGAAAUACCAAACAUGCUAGAAAUCCUCAAAGAUAUGAACAGUGUAAAGCUGCGGUCAGUUAAAAGACAAGAUGAAUAUACAAAAAGAAAAACCGUCGACCCAGCAGAUCCUGCAGCACUGAUAGCUGAAGCUCUUAAAAAGAAAUUUGCUUAUCGAUACCGAGGUGACAGCCAAAGUGAUGCUGAAAAGCAAAUCCCAGCAUCAGAAACCAAACUGUUUGGACCACACAUGCUGAAGACCACAGGAAAAAUGAAGACUCUGGUUGAAAACCAUUAAACGUUAG